GCGUAGUCUUGCAAAAUACGCAAUUUGAUUUUGUGUUUUCAAGAUUGAUUUGAGGAAAAAAAGAACAACAAAAAUAUAUUCUCAAUAGAUUUCUACAUUUGAUUUACUUAAAGUUCGUGAAAGUUGUUCUAAAGUUGCAAUUAGCACUUUUUAUACUGGAUUUGAUUUAUUACCGGUAAACCGGUCUCAAUAGAGGUUAAUACUUGUUCUUUUAUUUGAAGAAAUGUCGAGUCUGAAAGUUCUCUUUUCCAAUCGAGUCGUUCAUCCCAUCGUAAGUCGACAUUUGUAUUCCUCAUUGUCAAGGAAAUUCAGUGCAACACAGUCUGAAGUGAAAAUGUCGUUUGUCGAAGAAAAAAAUAAGUUCCUGGCUAUGUCUUCGGAAGAAAAACGGAAGUUAUUCAAGGGCCAGGUAGUGUCACUGGAUAAAAUUUCAACUUGGACUGAAUUUUGGAAGAGCAACAAAUCCGACAUCGACGCAACUUCAGAAAGCAUUGAACCCGUAGAUUCUGAACUUGCAGAUAAAGUUUCUUUAUGGCAAGGCGAUAUCACGGCUUUGGAAAUAGAUGCAAUCGUAAACGCUGCUAAUUCGAGUCUUUUAGGUGGUGGAGGAGUCGAUGGAGCAAUUCACAGAGCAGCAGGUCCGAGUCUGAAGAAAGAAUGUGCGACUUUAGGAGGUUGUGAAGUUGGAGAAGCCAAAAUCAGUGGAGCUUACAAGUUGCCUUCCAAAUAUGUAAUUCACACGGUUGGUCCUAAAGGUGAAAAGCCAGACAAAUUGCAAGAAUGUUACGAAAGCUGUUUGUCAUUGGUUAAAGAAAAUAACCUGCGUUCUGUUGCCUUUCCUUGCAUAUCGACUGGAGUUUAUGGAUAUCCUCAGGCUGCAGCUGCCAAAGUAGCUUUGGAUUCUGUCACCAAAUUUCUUGUGGAGAAUAAAGAUAGUGUGGAUAGAGUUAUUUUCUGUGUUUUCCUCGAAAGCGAUAAGGAUAUCUACACAGGACUUCUACAGAAAUAUUUUUGUCUUGAGUAAAUGGUAAAGAAACAUUCCAGAGUUAGAAUCUGUGGUUAAGUUUUUUGAAUGUAGAUGUGAACCUAUUUAUUGUGU